CGGCGGUCGCAGCUCCACGCGGAUCAGGCCGCGUGGGAAGAGAAUCGGCUGCUCACGUCGGGCGUCGCGAGCGAGCGCGAGGUCGAGCUCGACUUCGACGACGAGGCCGAGGCGCGCUGCACGCUCCUCGUGCACCAGCUGCGCCCGCCAUUCCUCGACGGUCGCGUCGCCUUUACGACGCAGCAAGACAUGGUGCCGACGGUCCGAGACGCGACGUCGGAUAUGGCCACGAACGCGAGGAACGGCUCAGCGCGCCCCGCCGCGCUCCUCCGGUCCAUGCGACAGACGCGCGAGCGGAGCAAGAUGCGACACCGCUUCUGGGAGCUCGGCGGGAGCCGCAUGGGCGAUGCGCUCAAGGGCGGCGAUCAGGGACGCGGCGUCAGCAUGGCGGCGGCCCCCGGGGAGCUUUCACGCGAUGCGCGCGAGCGCCGCGCGGCGCGCGCCGACGCGGAGUACGACCACCGUGCGGACGGCUCGUUCCGGGGUGCCCGAGCGGGAGGGGCGGAGCCUGGGCAGCGGCCUGGCGCAUCUGAGUUCACGUCCUCGAGGUCGAUCUUGGAGCAGCGGCGGAGCCUUCCCGUACGCGGCGUCCGGGAUGCGCUGCUCACGGUCGUCCGUGACAACCAGGUCGUGAUCAUCGUCGGCGAGACGGGGUCUGGGAAGACGACGCAGCUGACGCAGUACCUUCGCGAGGACGGGCUUGGCGCAGGCGGGCGCAUUGGCUGCACGCAGCCGCGGCGCGUCGCGGCAAUGAGCGUCGCGGCACGCGUAGCGGCGGAGGUUGGCUGCGACGUCGGCGAGGAGGUCGGCUACGCGAUUCGUUUCGAGGACGUGACGAGCGAGCGGACGGUGAUCAAAUACAUGACGGACGGCGUCCUCCUCCGCGAGUCGCUCCGCGAGCCCGACCUCGACGGCUACGCUGUCGUCGUCAUGGACGAGGCACACGAGCGUAGCCUCCACACGGACGUUCUCUUCGGUAUCCUGCGCGACGUGCUCCGGCGGCGCCGGGACCUGAAGCUCGUUGUCACGUCCGCGACGCUCGACGCGGACGCGUUCGCGGCGUUCUUCGGUGGCGCCGCUCCUGUCUUCGCCAUCCCAGGCCGGACCUUCCCCGUGGAGAAGUACUUCGCCAAGUCCCCCUGCGAGGACUACGUCGAUGGCGCCGUCAAGCAGGCCCUCGCCAUCCACCUAAGCUACCCGCCGGGCGACAUUCUCGUCUUCAUGACGGGCCAGGAGGACGUCGAGUCGACGUGCGGCGCGCUCGCGGAGCGCUGCGCGGCGCUCGGCGACGGUGUGCCGCCCCUUCUCCUCCUCCCUAUGUACAGCCAGCUCCCCGCAGACCUCCAGGCCCGCAUUUUCGACGCGGCCGCCGGGGGCGUCCGCAAGUGUGUGGUGUCGACAAAUGUCGCCGAGACGUCGCUAACCGUCGACGGUGUCAAGUACGUCGUCGACGCGGGUUACUGCAAACUCAAGGUCUACAACCCCCGCGUCGGUAUGGACGCCCUCCAGGUCGCGCCCGUGAGCCGCGCGAACGCAGCGCAGCGCGCCGGCCGCGCAGGCCGCACGGGCCCCGGCUUCUGCUACCGCCUCUACACCGAGCGCCAAUUCCGUGACGAACUCCUCGCGACCCAGGUCCCAGAGAUCCAGCGCACGAACCUCGGCAAUGUCGUCCUCCUCCUCAAGUCGCUCGGCGUCGACGACCUCCUCGACUUCGCGUUCAUGGACCCACCACCGCAGGAGAACAUCUUAAACUCCAUGUACCAGCUCUGGGUCCUUGGCGCCCUCGACAAUGGUGGCGGGCUCAGCGACCUCGGCGCACGUAUGGUCGAGUUUCCCCUCGACCCGCCCCUUGCCAAGAUGCUUCUCUUCGCAGCCGGGCUCGCGUGUGGCGCCGAGGUCCUCGCGAUUGUCGCAUGCCUCAGCGUCCCAAAUGUCUUCUUCCGGCCCAAGGACCGCGAGGAGGAGAGCGAUGCCGCACGUGAGAAGUUCUUCGUCCCCGAGAGCGACCAUCUCACGCUCCUCAACGUCUACGCUGCGUGGCGCGCCGCCGGCUACGACGCGCGCUGGUGCGACCGGCACUUCGUCGUGCACAAGGCCCUUGCCAAGGCGCGCGAGGUCGCCGCCCAGCUUCUCGACCUCAUGGAGGCCCAGCACGUGCCCCACGAGUCCUGCGGCCCCGACAGCUGGGACGUCGUCCGCAAGGCCAUCUGCUCCGCGUAUUUCUUCAAUGCUGCGCGCCUCAAGGGUGUCGGGGAGUACGUUAACAUGCUGUCCGCCAUUCCUUGCAACCUGCACCCCUCCUCGUCGCUCUUCGGCCUCGGCUACACGCCCGAUCACGUCAUCUACCACGAGCUCGUCAUGACCUCGAGGGAGUACAUGAAAUGCACGACGGCCGUCGACGGUGAGUGGCUCGCCGAGCUCGGGCCCAUGUUUUUCUCCAUCAAGCAAUCAUAUAAGGACCGCGUCGCCAAGCGAAAGAGGGAGAGGACUGAGACCGACCUCAUGGACGCCGAGUUC